GCUCGGCACUCUUAUUAUCAACUAAAAGCCGCCAACAAGGAGAAGAGGACGAUAAACACGAAACAGCUCGAGUUCAUGAGUCAGAGCAAUUUAAAGUAUGGACGAGAAAAUGAAAAUGAAAACCUGAAGGAUGAAAUCGAUCAAGAGAUCAACGGUAGAAUGACAAGCUCAUUAUUUAAACAAAGAGAUGAGGAAGAACAUUCAUUGAGAAAACGCCGAGAUGAGAUGAAUAUCAAGGAAGCUGCAACUCCUCCGGUGAAAAAGACGAAGACGACGAAGAACAAAGUGAUCACUGAACAAGAGCAAUCAGAAUCAGAAAUUGGAGUUGCGGUUGAAACAAAAAUAAAGCAGAAAAAAAUUGAUCAACUUUUUGAUGAAAUGAGAAAGCACGGCAUAUAUAUAUUGGUUCAACCAUUCAAAUCGUUAUCUCAAUCAGAUGCGGAGGAUUUGUUUGAAAAAAUAAAUCAAAAUACUGUUGUUAAAAUUGAUCUUCCAGAUUUUAUCGAAAAAUAUUUACAAGAUUUACUCAACGGGGAUAUCGAAAGUGCGUUCCUAAAAGUAAGAAACCCACCCAGCAAGGAUGCUCAACCUCUACUUUUAUGGACGAGUGAAAUAUGUCGGCAUUUUAUUUUUUAUUACUAUUACGGAGGUUUACAAAGAAAGGGUGAUGAGAAGACUUGGUCUAGCCAAACCAUUUAUCGAAUUCUUGACUUGUUUUUAAUGUUCUUUGGAGGAUUAAUAUCAGAAGUUUCCUAUGGCGAGAUUACAAGUUCCGAUAGAAAUAAAAAUGAUGCGGUUAUAUAUCAAGAUCAAAAUGCCACAAUCAUUUAUGAACAAUCUUUUGGUCCAACAGAUUUCGAUGAGGCAUACUAUUUAGAAGAUAUAACUAAAUUGGCAAGGAAUGGCGUGGAUGACCUAAACAUUCAUUUUAUUCAGUAUAGAAAUUCUUCAAUAACGACAGCAAAAAAUUUUAAGUCCAUCAGUAUUCACGGAUAUAAAUAUUUUAUAUCGAUCUAUCUUACAGAUCUUGUUAGGGCUAAAACUUAUAGAAUAUACGAAAUAUUUAAAUGCAAGAUUCCAACAUCAUACACAGAGCGGUGGUUGCUUAAAAAAAUAGCAAAUCUUGGCAUUUAUCUGGAGAAACUACUUACAGAACAUCAAUCUAUAAAAGCAAAAAUGUGUGAAGAAGAUGCUAUGAUGGAAAAUAGUCAUGGCUGUGUAUCCGAUUGGAUAACAAUACCAGAUAACACCUGA